AUGGCGAAUCCACCAAUAGGCCAGGAUCUGGAGUCUUGCGUCUUCCCUAAGCUUGGAUCCCUCUCGGAUGUGGCCUCUGUGCAGCACACUCCUGUGCGAACAACUCGGCGUUGCGGAUACUUACCGGAAGACGUUGACCUGGACAGCCUGUACCACCUUACUUUCGCGCUGCUACUCAAAGCCUACACUCGCAGCAGUGGAAUUACCUACGGCUUCAUCGAUGCAGUUGCGAGUAGUGAGGCUCGGGAAGCAGCAACCACGAUCAGAUUCCAGCUUGACGAAUCUGCCACGGUGUCGGAGAACUUGCAGACCGUCCUCCAGGUCACAAAAGCUAGCAUGGAUUCUGCGACUGACAGGCGAAAUAGUCUCAAUGUGGACGAGUCAGGCGCCAAGCCGUACAACUCGGUGCUUUACAUGACACAACACAAGCCUGUUGCGGACCCGCCACAGUGCUCUACAGAAAAUCCGAUUGUCCUACAGAUCGUCAAGGGCACUGACGCACACGAUCAAGCUGCCAAAGUCAUCUUGUUUUCCCGAAGUGACUACUGUGACAUAUGGAGUGCACAAAAUGUGGCCUCAACCUUCGAGCACAUUCUUGACGAAGUGUCGACAGGCCUUCAUCGACCGCUGUGCGACAUGCGGCUGACGAGUGCACGGGAUUUUGAGCACAUCAGAGCCUGGAACGUUACUGUGCCGGCUACUGUUUACUCAACCUUGAACGAGAGAUUUGAGAAAGUGUUCCGGGACUGCGCGAACAAGGUAGCCGUGCAUACAUCCGAAGGCAGCUUGACUUACCGCCAAGUCGACGAAAUAAGUACUCUUCUGGCUUCUCAUCUUAUCGAUGCAGGUGUGAAGCCGAACGCAGUUGUGCCAAUAUGCAUGAACAAGAGCAGAUGGACCACUUGUGCGAUGGUCGCUGUGUGGAAAGCUGGGGGCGCCCUCACUGCAAUGGAGCCUGCCCAGCCGGAUAUUCGUCUGCACUCGAUCAUUGAGGAGCUGAAUGCUCAGAUUAUGAUCUGUGAUAGCGCGCACGCCUCUAGAUUUGAAGGUCUGGGUCUGCAGGUCUUCUCCGAUGUUGAGAGCCUCGCCACAAGCGUAUCCGAGGAAAGCCACACACGUGGCUGGAAUAAUGCCUGGCAUCUAAGUGACGUGGCUCCAGAUGACCUGGCAUACGUCGUCUUCACGAGCGGUAGUACUGGCAGGCCAAAAGGCAUCUUGAACACGCAUCGCCGACUUAUGACAGAACACCAAUGGUUUCGUGAGAAUAUGGGUUUCCACAUGGACGCUCGAAUUCUGCAAUUUGCUUCAUACGCUUUCGUUGCGGGCACUGCUGAUAAUUAUCGUACCUUACUCCAUGGUGCGACUCUAUGUGUGCCGUCUGAGACCGAGCGUACUUCCGACCUCGUGGCAUUCAUCAACAGAUCGAGAUCGACCCGGGUUCUCGUCACGCCAUCCUUGCUCCGGACACUAGAUCCUUCGGACAUACCCAGCGUGCAGAAUCUUGCAGUUGUAGGAGAGCCUGUCAGCCGCGACUUCGAGGCUCCAUGGUCGAAGGGUCGUCGCUUUGUGCAGAUAUACGGAAGUACCGAGGGGGGGACCUGGCUCAAGGAGACCUCUAAUGGUGUCUCGCAAAGCGCAGGCCUUCGUCCUGUAUCUGGUGACCAAUGGCUGGUAGAUCCAAACAAUCCUGACUCGCUGGUACCCAUUGGUGCUAUGGGAGAAAUUGUCCUAGAAAGCCAUGAAACGAUGGUCAGGUAUCUCAAUGAUCCAAAAAAGACUGGUCGGGCUUUUCUGGAGUCUCCAGCUUGGGCUGACAAACGCAAUAUUGAUGCCGGCUGCAGGUACCUUAGGCUUGGAGACCUGGGCAGAUAUGAGCGUGAUGGCAGCAUCACGAUAUUUGGCAGGGCGGAUACCCAGGUAAAGAUUAACGGACAGCGAGUCGAUCUGCAGGAUAUCGAAACCAACCUUCGUGUGCUGCUACCGACCGGGUCUGAGGUGGUCGUUGACCUCGUCAAGCCACUCGAUGCCUCUGACCGACCACUACUGAUUGCGUUCUGCCAAUCAGCGCUCAUGAUGAUGGACUUCAAGCACGAUACUGCAGGACGUCGUGACAUGCUUGCAAUCGUACAGCAUGAGCUCAGUAAGACGCUCCCUCAGUACAUGGUUCCCAAGGCCUUCAUUAUCAUGGAACAGCUACCUCGCAACUUUUCACAGAAGAUCGAUCGCAAGAAACUCCGAAAUGAUGCAGAGAACAUGGGACACAAUGCUCUCGUAUCGCACAUCCCUGGCACCGCUCCUAAGGCUGAUGAGGCAACGAUGACUCACCAGGAGCGAAGUUUAGCGCAAUCUUGGGCAACCGUUCUACGUCUAGACACCGAGACUAUCAGAGCAGGCGACAGUUUUCUUGCUCUAGGUGGCGACUCGCUUGCCGCCAUCCGUCUUGUUCCAAUCCUCCGCUCUAGCGGUCUCAAAUUAGCGACAGUGGACAUCCUAAAGACCCCGAUACUCCGAGAUAUGGCAAGACUUGCGACUAUGCAGGCCCCGGAUAUUGCGGAAGACGAAUUUGCAAACAACAUAGUACUUCAUGAGGAUACUGCUGUGACCUUGCAAGCAACCGAUUUUCAGGAGUGGGCUGCACUCGUAGGUGCGCAGAACGGUGGCUGGAUCGACCACUUCAUCUACGAUUUCCUUGGUGAUCUUCACGUUGACACGCUGCGGAGAGCCUGCCAACAGCUCGUUACUGCUCACUCGAUUUUGAGAUCUGUGUUCAUUCUGCAUGAGAAGAGGGUAUUCAUGAAAGUUUUGGCAGACAUGGAGAUCAUGUUCGAUGUUCAUCAUACAUGGCUCGACCGACUUGAAAGCGAUACCAAAGAUCUGUGCGCCAGAAAGCGGACCUGUCCUCUGGGUGCUCCAAUCGUCCGCUUUGAUCUUCUAACGACGUCAACACUCCGACAUAGGCUAGUGAUUCGUCUUUCUCAUGCUCAGUACGAUGGAUUCGCGGCUGGAAGCGUUGGUGAGCAUCUCCGGUUGCUCUAUCUCUCGCAACCACUCCCUCGAACUCUGCCUUAUCACGAGUAUGCUAGGAGGAUUCGAGAACCUGGUCUGGUCCAAAAUGCAGAGAAGUUCUGGAGAAACAGUCUUCGCGAAAGUCACAUGCCGAAGCUCGUCGAGAGGAUGAGCGGCGGCCCGUCUUUUAAUAACAAGCUUGACGGAGAAAUUCACUGUGCGAUCAAAUUGCCUAGCCUACAGCACCAGGGCAUCAAUCCCGCAGCACUUGUUAAGACGGCUUGGGCCUUGGUUCUAUCGUCUCUGUCACAAAGCACCGAUGUCAUUUUCGGCGACUUCAUUUCUGGGCGACAAAUACCAAUGAAUGGCAUCGAGACGGUCUUUGGUCCAUGCAUAAAUCUCACACCUGUGCGAGUGCACUUGGACGCGAACCUGACCAACCUCGAGCUCCUGAACCGCGUACAGGAGUAUCUGUUCCAAGCCAUGCCGUUUGAAUCACUCGGAAUGAGGCAUAUCGUCGAUCGGUGUUCAGAAUGGGCUGCUGGCGCACGUUAUUCAAGCAUUGUCAACUUCAUCAACUUCGAGCCCAAACCGCGAAGCACAAGCUGGGACACGCAUGACGAGCAAAAGCGGCUAGAUGUCACUUAUAUCUACGAAGAGCAGCAGCACGAUAAGACUGAUUUGUGGCUGCUGUGUCGGGGAAGUAGCCGAGAGGCAGACCUUGCAUCCGGAGCCAGUCAUUUCGAUCUGUACUUUCGGUAUAGCAAGGGCGUCUUCGCGGACAGCGCCGUCGACAAGAUCGCCAAUCUAUACUGCAGGAGUCUGCGAACGAUUGUGACAUGUCUGGAUGUGAAGAUCUCGGUGCCGCAUGUCACGACAGAAGAACGCCGGAGACUCGUCCCGAUCUUGACCGCAUAG